GCGGUGAGAACGAGGGAGUGCAGCAGCGAUGGUGAUGAAGGAGAGAGCACCGGCCCGGCAGAGAGGCCUGGGCUACAGUGUGGAGAGGGCAGUGCUGGACGAGGAGAGCCUGGAGGAGGUGGCACAGAGACGGACUCGCAAGGACAAGCCUGCUCUGGAACAGCGGCUCAGGGGCAAACUCAGUUGCUCUGCAGUCAAGUUGAGGCAUUGUCUCUUUAGCUGUAUCCCAGUCCUGUCUUGGCUCCCGCGUUACUCCUUCAGGGAGUGUGCUCUGGGAGACCUCUUCUCUGGGAUCAGCGUCGGAAUCAUGCACCUACCGCAGAGCAUGGCGUACGCCCUCCUGGCCUCCCUGCCCCCUGUGUUUGGGCUCUACUCCUCCUUCUACCCAGUCCUGGUGUACUUCAUCUUUGGGACAUCCCGACACAUCUCAGUUGGCACGUUUGCAGUGAUCAGCAUGAUGGUUAGUAGUGUGACAGAGAGGCUGGCUCCAGACAACAUGUUCCUCCUUAGCCCGGGGAACCUGACCAACGUGACUGGUAUCGACACCGAGGCGCGGGACGUCAUGAGGGUGCAGGUUGCCGCAGCAACCACCAUUCUGGCCGGACUCUUUCAGGUGGCUCUGGGUCUGGUCCAGUUUGGCUUUGUGGUGACCUACCUGUCUGACCCGCUUGUGCGCGGCUACACCACUGCCGCCGCCACCAUGGUGGUGGUGUCACAGCUCAAAUACAUGUUGGGAGUCCACAGUGACCAGUUCAGUGGACCCCUCUCCUUCAUCUACACGCUGAUAGAUGUGUGUUUCCUGCUGCCCGAGACUAACCUGGGCACUCUGGUGGUCAGCAUUAUCGCCCUGUUGGUUCUAGCGGCAGGGAAGGAGCUCAACACAGCAUGGAACCACAAGCUACCCCUGUGCAUUCCCAUCGAGCUCAUCACAAUCGUCUUGGCGACGGUGAUCUCAGGCCAGGCCACCUUGAGUCUGAGCUACGGUGUGGACGUGGUGGGGGAGAUACCCAGCGGACUGAAGCCCCCCAGUCUCCCGGACUGCAGCCUGUUUGGUCAGGUGAUCGGAGAUGCCUUCGCUCAGGCCAUUGUUGGGUAUGCCAUCUGCAUCUCUCUGGGUAAAACAUUUGCAAUGAAACACGGCUAUAAAGUGGACAACAACCAGGAGCUGGUGGCACUGGGUCUCAGCAAUGCGUGUGGAGGUUUGUUCCAGUGUUUCACUGUCAGCUGCUCCAUGUCUCGCAGUCUGAUCCAGGAGAGCACAGGAGGCAAGACCCAGGUUGCUGGGUUGAUUUCCUCGAUCAUCGUCUUGGUAACGAUGCUCAAGCUAGGGGUUCUGUUUCAGGAGCUGCCCAAGACCGUGCUUUCUGCCAUCAUGUUGAUCAAUCUGAAGGGAAUGUUUAAACAGUACAGUGACAUAGUGACCCUCUGGAGAACCAGCAAGAUAGACCUGUUGGUUUGGGUCGUGACCCUGGUCUCCACACUGCUCCUAAACCUAGAUCUGGGACUUGCUACGUCCAUCGCCUUCGCAAUGCUGACUGUCAUCUUCAGAACACAACUGCCACAGUAUUCCGUUCUUGGACAGAUUCCUGGAACUGAACUUUACCUGGAUGUGGAAACUUUCAAACAGGCGAGAGAAAUUCCGGGAAUCACAAUCUUCCGCUCCUCUGCAACCCUGUACUUCGCCAACGCGGAUCUGUUCUUGGAGGCGCUGAAGAAGAAGGUUGGGAUCGAUAUCGCUCAGCUGCUGACCUACAAAAAGAAGCUGGCAGCGAAAGUGAAGCGCAGAGAGCAGCGAGAGGAGAGGAGAGCCAAGAAGGAUGCCAAAAAAAUGGUACGAGCCUUGACAGAACUGAGACAGAGGGACAGCCCGCUCUCCUUGCAGGAAGCCGACUGGUGUGAGCAGGGUGAGGGGGCUGUGUUCUCAGUGGAGCUGGAGGCUCAGUGCCGGGGGUACAGUGAUGAGGGUACAGCAACGGGGGCACAGCGGCAGGGGCACAGCAACGGAGGCACAGCGCUAGGGGCACAGCAACGAGGGCACAGCGAUGAGGGCACAGCGAUGAGGGCACAGCAACGAGGGCACAGCGACGAGGGCACAGCGAUGAGGGCACAGCAACGGGGGCACAGUGAUGAGGGCAGAAUGCACAGCUACAGCAGGACAGUGUUUGUGAUCCCUGAAUCGGCCGCUCUUAUGAACAGGCCCUUGAGCUGGGAGUAUCUGAAGGGGCUGGACCCCGAGACAGGGACGCUGGGCUCGGUCUCCGAGCUGGACCCCGAGACAGGGACGCUGGACUCCACUCUCGAUGGAGACGACACUCUGAGCAGAGACCUGGAGCGUGUCUCCCUCGGCUCGCUGGGGAAGUGGAGCUGGGACAUUCACUCCAUCAUCCUGGACCUCAGCACUGCCAACUUCACCGACACCAUGUCCAUCAAAACACUGAGAAAUAUAUGCCAUGAUUUCAGAGAAAUUGAAGUGGAUGUAUAUUUGGCUGGCUGCCAGCCGUGUGUCGUGGAGGAGCUGGAGCGUGGCUUGUUUUUCUCGAAGAUGAUCACUAAAGCCCAUCUCUUUGCCUCGGUUCACGAUGCUGUGCUGCACUGCAGGGCUCACAGGGGCUCCCCCCGGCCCCCCCACCACUGUGAUGGGGACACUGGCCUCAGUACCAAGCUGUAG